GAAAAUUUAACCAACUUUUAUUUUUAUAAUACUUAUAUAAAAUGAAUAGAUAUAAAAAAAAAAAUGGAAGUAAAUUGUAAACCACACAAAUAAUUUUUGAAAAAAUAAAUAAAAUAAAAAUAAAGAUGUGACCGUGUGCGAGACAGGAGCAGUACAGAGAGAGAGAGACUGAAGGAGUGCCGCUGGCUUCUCUUAUCCAGAGGAAACUGAGUAAAGACUCAAGUCUUCAAUAGUGAAAUUAACAAAAAGAGAAAUGGCGAUCCUUCCAUCUCCGUCUCCACCACUGAAACUUCAGCUGAUAUCCCCAUUCCCAUCCCCAUUCGCUUCCACCUCGCGCAGACCUCACGCGCUUCAGUCACCGCCCAGAGCCACCACCGAACCCUCUGGUCCGACGGACCAAUCCGAACCUGAACCAAAGCCAUCGGAUCCAGACGCCUUCGAGGCCCGCCUCGACCAGGUCCGGUUCCGGUACCGGAGUGGGAAGGGCAAGAAAGCGGAGCGCCGAAAGAGCCGAAAAUCCAGAUCCAGCUCCGGCGCCAGCGUGUUCCUUCCGCCUGUGGCCCUAAAGGAGGCGGUGUCGAGGGGAUUGAAGGUUGAGUUCGGAUUCAGCCGGUAUUCGGAGCGGCUGAACGGGCGAAUAGCGAUUCUGGGACUGACCGCUCUGGUGCUGGUGGAGGUGGCCACGGGGAAGGGCGUGAUAAGCUUCCACACGCCGGCGGUUGUGUUGGUUCAGAUAUAUUUUGUUGCAGCAGUUUCUGCUUUGUAUGCGAAGUAUGAGAAGGAGAGGAUUAGUGUUUGGCCUCCAUCUUCGCCAUCAAAGGGAUGAUGACGAAUUGAUAUUUCCAAAAAAUAAAAUACUAUAUAAUUUUGUUGGAAGAUAA